UCAACACUGAUAUAUCAAAUAUAAUUUCACAUCUUAACAAUAUAGAAGCUAUUAUCUAACUUCUUGCUGAGUUCAAGCCUAUCUGACACCAGUUAUUUUGGGAAAGUAUGGAAAAUAAGAAUAAUUCGGCGCAGGUGCGUUUAUCAGCAGUGGGCAAAAAGAGUAAAAGGAAAAAGUCACAAAAGCAACGCUAUUGGGCUAAAAAACACCAACGUUUGCCUGAAAUUUGGAAUGGUGAUCAAUUUCGGACUAAUGGUGAAUCAAUUCCUGGGAGAGAGGUGGAAAAUAAUAAUAAUAGUAGAUUUGUCAGAAAGAGGAAAUUCGCUGGUUUAUUGUCCGAGACAACUCAUGUUGAAACUAAAGGAAAUAACGCAGCUGUGGCAGAUAAACAUUGGUCAAAUUCAACGCUGAAGGGUACGCUUUGGAAUCCAACCCCAAAAUGCUAUGACAUUGAAGAAUUGCAUAAAUCAGAGAUGCCCUUUAUUGAUCUUACUAUGUGCCCACCUACUCCAACUGAUCAAGUUGAAAAAAACAAACUCAACAUUGGGCCUCAAUAUUUAUCCAAUAAUGAGGAAGAAAGUGAUGUAGGUCAACCAAACAGGAAAGUGGAUAUUGCUACAGAAAUAUUAGCGGAUACUAAUGAAAGCAUGUUUGAAGUGCAUCAUUUAUUAAAUUCCACGCCGACUGACAAAGUCGAAAACUCUAUACCAGAACGCUGUAGAAGUGUUGUAGAAUCAAUUUCGAAAGUGUGGCAAUUACUUAAUCCCAAUGGCAAUUCCGUUCCAACUGGUCGGGUGCAAAAAAUCAGACUUAAUAGAAGAAUAUUAAAUCCUCCAAAAAGGACAAUGGAUACAAAUUUCAAAGAUAAACUGAACUUAAUUGAAAGAUCGUUGAAAAAGAAAUGCACAGAAACAAGCGAUCAUACAAGUACAGAUAUAAAUAGAAGGAGCUAUCCUGAGGAUUCAAGUGAUAAAGAUUUGUCGAACAGUUGUUCGAUUCAGGAUUCAAGCACAACAAGCGCUGAUGACUUGGAGUCAAUUGCAGAUCUGAACGAAAACAUAUUUAAGCCGGUAAGCGCCAUAAAAUAUGUGUUCAUUUCAAUUUAUUUGUAA